UAAAGUCGGAUCUUGAGCGACGGGCUAAACAGCCAACCAGCUUCCGAAUCUUACAGAGGGUCAUGACGUAGUUUUCGGGAAAGGGGUUGUUACUUGUCAGGAAGGGUGAGCGAGAACGGAGGAGGAUUGCGUCUUUGAUCAAACUACCAACCACCAACAAUUUCUGAGGGAUUUAUCUGAUAUUUCGCUCCCUUUGGAUACUGGAUAUUUUUCUUGGAAGUUUUAGAAUCAAGAAGCCGAGACAAACGAUAGCGUAACUUAAAACCAGCCUAGAGAGGAGCUACAACUUGGCCCAGGCGUCUAAUGUACCGAACGAAACGGAAGUAACUUGCCAGCUGUCUGGCUAAGCUCGUGAGUGUCUGAAUGCCAAAUCUGUGGGUGAUGGAGUUGAGCAGGCAGCUCUGUGGAAAGAUGAGGAGGUCCAGUAAGAGGGCCCAACUCUCCUCUUCUCCUACUUCCACUUGGGGCCUGGAGAUCCACUUUUACACACCGGAGGUGCACCAGCUGGAGUACUUCAAGGGCUGCUACACCGCGUUGGAGCUCUGCGUGGAUGCUGCCAAGAAAUGCUCAAUCUCUCCCUUGUGCCAUAACCUAUUUGCCCUGUAUGAUGAGACAACUAGCAUGUGGUACCCUCCCAACUAUGAGUUCAAGAUCACGGAUGAAACCAGUGUCAAGUUGCACUAUCGCAUGAGGUUUUAUUUCAGAAACUGGCAUGGGACCACUGAAGGAGAGUCUCCCGUUUGGAGACACUGCAUCAGUAAACUCAGAGGAGGACAGAACACACCAGAAGGAACUCCCCUACUGGAUGCUGCCUCUCUUAACUACCUGUUUGCCCAGAGCCAGUAUGACUUUCAGACAGGCGUGGCUCCACUGAGGGUGUCCCACUCGGAGGCAGAGCAACACGAGAUAGAAAAUGAGUGCUUGGGCAUGGCUGUGCUUGCUAUCACUCACUAUACCACAAACAUGGAUACGACCUCUCCCACUGUUUCCCAUGAAAUCAGCUACAAACGUUUCAUCCCAGAGUCACUGAACCGCAACAUUAAGCAGCGCAACGUCCUGACACGCAUCCGCAUCAACAACGUCUUUAAGAAAUUCCUCAGUGAAUUCAAACACCGCACAAUGAAGGACAGCAAAAUCACGCUGUACGACCUGAAGAUCAAAUACCUGGCCACUCUGGAGGGCCUGAUAAGCAGCCUGGGCAGCGAGCUGUUUGAGCCCAUCUCGCUCAGUGUCAUGCAGGAAGGGGAUGUCUGCAAUGGAGGUUACUAUGGCUUCUCUAACCAGAGCCAAGAGCAGAACCAAAGUCUGAACAUGAAGACUAGCCAUGACAUGCAUGUCCUGGUUACUGGCACCACUGGCAUUUCCUGGAGGAAGAAGCCUGCUACAUCAACUGGGAUCGGCAAAGAAAAGGGCAAGUCAAAGAAGAACAAGUUGGAUGGAAAACAGAAAAAUGACAAAAAGAUCGCAGUGAAUGAAGGCUGGGUGGUGUUCUGUGACUUCCAUGAGAUCACACACACGGUCAUCAAAGAGGCGACGGUCACCAUCUCCAAACAGGACAACAAGAGAAUGGAGUUGCAUAUGGCCUCUAGGGGUGAGGCUCUGUCCUUUGCAGCUCUUGUGGAUGGGUACUUCAGGCUGACGGUGGAUGCCCACCACUUCCUGUGCAAGGAGGUGGCCCCUGCUUCAGUGGUGCACAACAUAAAUAACGGCUGCCACGGACCCAUCUGCACGGAGUAUGCCAUCCACAAGCUGCGUCAGGAAGGCAAUGAGGAGGGCACCUACAUCCUGCGCUGGAGCUGCACUGAUUACGAAUACAUUAUCAUCACUGUGGUCUGCAAUGAGAUCGACCUGAGAGAGUCUCGUCCUGUGUGUCAGUAUAAGAACUUCCAGAUUGAGGUGGCCUCCAAUGGGUUCCGCCUGUAUGGCACUGAGACGUUUCGAGCCACUCUGGUUGAGCUGCUGGAGCACCUGGAGGGCCAAAGCCUUCGCACCGACAACCUUCAGUUCCAGUUGCUGCGCUGCUGCCCUCCACAGCCGAGAGAGGUUUCUAACCUGCUGGUGGUCACUAAAGAUAGAGCGCCUGCCACUCAGACACCCAUGCAGGAGAGUCAGCUUAGCUUCCAUCGCAUUCUCAAGGAAGAGAUUGAACAGGAGGAGCACCUUGGACUGGGCACAAGAACCAACAUAUUCUCAGGCACACUGAGGGUGAAGAGUGAGGAGGAGGAGGACGCAGGUUACUCAUCCUUCCAGGAGGUCAAGGUGGUCCUGAAGGUGCUGGGCUCCGGACACAGGGACAUCUCCCUGGCCUUCUUUGAAACAGCCAGCAUGAUGCGACAAGUGUCUCAUAAACACAUUGUGCUGCUGUAUGGAGUGUGUGUCCGCCACCAGGAAAAUAUCAUGGUUGAAGAGUUUGUCCAGCCAGGACCACUGGACUUAUUUAUGAGGAGACAGCAGAGCCCACUCAGCACACCGUGGAAGUUCCAGGUGGCCAAGCAGCUGGCCUCAGCUCUCAGCUACUUGGAGGACAAAAAGCUGGUCCAUGGCUUUGUGUGUGCCAAAAACAUUCUGCUUGCCAGAGAUGGACUGGACACACAUAAAGGAGGGCCCUUCAUCAAGCUCAGUGACCCAGGAAUACCAAUCACAGUACUCACCAGAGAGGAGUGUGUGCAUCGCAUCCCAUGGAUCGCUCCAGAGUGUGUAAAGAGCGCGUCUUCACUCAGCGUCGCAGCUGACAAGUGGGGCUUUGGUACCACCCUGUGGGAGAUCUGCUAUGAUGGAGAUGUCCCCCUUAAAGACAAGAAACUCACAGAGAGGGAGAGGUUUUAUGAAACUGAGUGCCAACUGGCCACCCCGGACUGCAAAGAGCUGGCUGAACUGAUGACCCACUGCAUGACCUACGACCCCAAGAAGAGACCUUUCUUCAGGGCUAUUGUCAGAGACAUAGACAUGCUGGAGGAAAAAAACCCAUCUAUUGAACCCCAGCCUACACCAGAGGUGGACCCAACUAUGUUUGAAAAGAGAUUCCUAAAGAAGAUCAGAGAUCUGGGAGAGGGCCACUUUGGAAAGGUGGAGCUGUGUCGCUAUGAUCCUCGGGGAGAUAAAACAGGUGAGCUGGUGGCAGUGAAAUUCCUAAAGCCUAACAACCGGGAUGGGCAGAGCAACAACCUCUCGUGUGAGAUCAACAUCCUGAAGGCACUCUACCAUGAAAACAUUGUCAAAUACAAGGGCAUCUGCCAAGAAGAAGGUGGUCAGGCCAUCAAGCUGAUCAUGGAGUACCUUCCACUGGGCAGUUUGAAAGACUAUCUACCCAGAAACAAAAGCAAGACCAGCCUCAGCACCUUGCUCAGCUACUCUGUCCAGAUAUGCAAGGGAAUGGACUAUUUGGGUUCUCGAAAUUACAUUCACCGAGACCUGGCGGCCCGAAAUGUUCUGGUGGAAAACGAGAGGACGGUGAAGAUCGGAGAUUUCGGCCUCACCAAAAGUAUUAAGAACAACGAGGGAUAUUACACGGUCAAAGAUGAAAACGACAGCCCAGUUUACUGGUAUGCACCAGAGUGUCUGACUCACUGCAAGUUCUACCUUGCCUCAGACGUUUGGUCCUUUGGGGUGACGAUGUAUGAACUCAUCACCUACUGCGACCCCUCCAAGACCCCAAUGACGCUCUUCGGUCACAUCAUUGGUAGUCAUCAAGGUCAGAUGACUAUCAUCCGAUUGGUAGAGGCGUUGGCGGAAGGAAAAAGGUUGCCACGUCCCGAGGGCUGUCCUGAGCCUGUGUAUGAGCUGAUGCGCAGGUGCUGGGAGAACACACCCGACCUGAGAAUCACAUUUAAACGCCUGGUGGAGGAGCUGACCAAAUUGCAGCAACAGUUCCAAACACAAAACAACCUUUAGACUUCCUCAAACGGUUUGACUCGGGACCAGAUGUGAACGGCAAAACUGACUCCAGAUCAGUAUGUGCUUGUGGAGCGUCAUUGUACUGAGAGAAAGUCCUUCACUCAAAGCAUUGCUUCUUCAUACACACACACACAUAUAUGGUAGCUUCUUCAUACACACACACACACACACACACAUAUAUAUAUAUAUAUACA